AUGUCAACUUUCCUCGAUAGAGAGCUCAGCUUUCUCGCUCUCCUUGUUAUGCUCAGCGGUGUAGCAAUACUCCCUCAAAGGAUCGAACAGGAUGUUGAGCGCCAAGCGCAGUCCCUCCCUACCCGCCGAACUAUUCUAGACAUCCUUUCUGGUGUCUUCCAUAUCCUUUAUGAUCAUGCAUACUUCCACCAUUUUACAGCAAUCUUUCGUUUCUUCCUAUUCAACACCCCGAGUGACACUGACAAUCAUGCACGCGGUGCUUGGGUGACCAGAACUCAAAUGAUCCGGUCCUUGCGAGUCAUGCUGAUGAUGGUGGUACUGGGCAGGGAGGAGGAGGGAGCGAGUAGGGAGGGAGCAGUCAUGGAUCCUGACCGCCUGCAACAACUCUUGAUGGACCCAGUUCCUAAAAAAGGGAAACGUGUGCCAGAAGUAUGUAAAGCGGCGCUGCCAGUACGCGCAGUUCAAAGUCUCCGCAACCGACGGACUAACGUGUCGUUAUUGCAACCAAGGCGAACACCGAGUUACGACAAAUCGCCAGCCGCCAGCGACCUCUAUCACAGCCAACCGAGAGGAGAGUAUUAA